AUGCGGCUCCAUCCCGCCAAACGCAGCAAACCUGCACAGCAAUUAACACUUACAAGUUCGGAACCUACACCAUCCUCCCGAACAACAACCCCUCUCACUAGGACUCGCGCUAUUAUCGUCAUCACACAGCUUGCCGGCAUCAACUUCGUCUCCAGUUUCGGCAACGGCCUCCUCACAACAGGCCUACCCGCCAUCUCCGCUUCCCUCUCGCUCAAACCAAAUCUGCUCGUCUGGCCCGCAUCCGCCUUCUACCUGACCAGCAGCAGCUGUCUCCUCAUCGCCGGCUCCAUUGCCGACAUCAGCGGGCCGCGGACCAUGAAUCUGAUCGGCUGCUUCCUCCUCGCUUGCUUCAUCCUUGGCAGCGGACUGUCACGCACGGGUAUCGAGAUAAUCAUGUUCCGCGCCAUGACGGGUGUCGCAAGUGCCCUAGCCGUGCCUUCCGCAAUCUCCAUCGUCUCGACAUCACUCCCAGACGGCAAACCCCGGAACAUCGGGUUCGCAUGUCUCGGUCUCGCUCAACCCCUCGGGUUCUCCUUCGGACUGGUGCUAGGCGGUGUGCUGAUUAGCACCAUCGGCUGGCGAGCAGGCUACUACAUCUGCGGCAGCAUCACUUUCAUCCUCUUCUUCAUCGGCAUCUGGUCGCUCCCACCCAUGCCCGUACCUCAAACCGAAAUACCUAAAUGGAAACGGCUAGCCACCGAAAUCGACUGGAUCGGAGGCGCACUAAUCUCCACCUCCAUCGCCCUCCUCUCCUACGUUCUCGCCAUGCUCUCGGUCGACCUAGACCACAUUCGUCACGCAAGCAACAUCGCCUUACUCAUCCUCAGUCUUGCCUUCAUCCCGGCCUUCAUCUACUGGGUGCACCACCAAGAGAAACGCAACAAACCCGCUCUAAUCCCCAACUCCAUCUGGUCCAACCGCGCCUUCAGCAGCAUGUGCACCAUGAUCCUACUCGUCUACGCGACCAUUAACCCAAUGGAACUCUUCAGCAGUCUCUUCUUCCAAACCAUCCAAUCCACCACCGCGCUGAGGGCUUCGCUGCGCUUACUCCCCAACCUCCUCGUCGGCGCAGCCGUCCACCUCCUCACGGGUCUGAUCGUCGACCGCGUGCCCGUCCUCUAUGCCGUCCUGAUCUCCUCAGGACUAUGCGCGCUAUCACCACUGCUAAUGGCAAUAGUCAACCCGGCAUGGCCGUACUGGUACGACGCUUUCUUCGCUCAAGCUUUGUCACCCGUUAGCGUGGACGUCCUUUUCACGGUUGGAUUGUUGGUGGUCUCCGAUGUCUUUCCCACGCGCACACAAGCUCUGGCUGGAGCGGUGUUCAAUACGCUGGGACAGUUGGGGAGUUCGAUCGGGUUGACUAGUAUGGCUGUCAUUUCCUCUGCUGUGACGCAAGAUUCGGGCUACGCGGAUGAAUCGUCGAAAGCGGCUAUUAUGGCAGGUUAUCGAGCAGACUUCUGGACGAUGUUCGCUUGUAUGGUGGGCGUUUGUGUGAUUGGGGGGUGGGGGUUGAGGGGGUUGGGGAAGGUCGGGUUGAAGAGGGAUUGA